AUGAUCUUGAAGGCCACUAAGUUUGAAUAUGAUGCCGUCGUGCCACAGGCUAUCAAAAGCUAUGUGUACAUCCCGAGUCGGAAUCAGGAGGCGUUUUCUGCAGCAGAGUCUGUUGCAGAUGCAGGAUACUUCUCUGAUGGCCUGUGUCCCUGUUUCAGUCUGGCCAUCUUCCAUAGCUGGGCCAUGUUACGGGAGUGUGUGGUGGUGAUGGAUGGCCUGACGUGUGGUUUAGUCAACCCAGACGACAAAGAUGCGGGGCCCAAGAACUUCACCUUCGACGGAGCUUACUUCAUUGACUCUACCACUGAAGGCAUCUACAACGACGUGGCUUUCCCACUGGUAGAGAGUGUGCUGGAGGGGUACAACGGUACAGUGUUCGCCUAUGGUCAGACUGGUUGUGGCAAGUCCUUCACCAUGCAGGGGGUGAUUGACCCCCCUACCCAGCGUGGCAUCAUACCCAGGGCGUUCGAGCACAUCUUCGAGGUGAUUCAGACUUCAGAGAACAUGAAGUACCUGGUCCUGGCCUCCUACCUGGAGAUUUACAACGAGGAGAUCAGAGAUCUCCUGGGAACGGACGUCAGUUUAAGUAAAAGACCUAAAGACACACUCCUAGUUAAAGAUGUCUACGUUCAGGGUCUGUCCCAACAUCCGGUCCACAACACUGCUGAGUGCGAGGAGUUGAUGGAGCGAGGAUGGAAGAACCGGUCCACUGGUGCCACUCUGAUGAACGCUGACUCCUCCAGAUCUCACUCCAUCUUCACCAUCACGCUGGAGAUGAUGGAGGUGUCUGGGGACUCGGACUCCAUCAGGAGUGGCAAGCUCAACCUGGUGGACCUGGCAGGCUCAGAAAGGCAGGCCAAGACAGGAGCCACGGGUGAUCGUCUUAAGGAAGCUACUAAGAUCAACUUGUCACUGAGUGCUCUGGGCAACGUUAUCUCAGCUCUGGUGGAUGGCAAGAGUAAACACAUACCUUACAGAGACUCCAAACUCACCAGACUACUGCAGGACUCACUGGGAGGCAACACCAAGACUCUGAUGGUAGCGUGUCUGAGCCCAGCAGACAACAACUACGAUGAGACACUCAGUACACUCAGAUAUGCCAAUCGCGCCAAGAACAUCAAAAACAAGCCCAAGAUUAACGAAGAUCCCAAGGACGCCAUGUUGAGGGAAUACCAGGAGGAGAUCAGGAAGUUGAAGGAGAUGCUGGACAAGCAGGGGCCCCAGGAGACCAUCUUCAGUGCAGAGAUCUCGCAAGUUAUUUUUCGGGACAUGGACGAGAAUGCUGAGGAGAGGGAGAAAGUGAGGAGAGAAUAUGACAUGAAGAUGAGGAAGAUGAAGGAGGAAAUGGAGACAGAACAGCAGAACAACGCUCUCCUCCAGGCGAACAUGGAGAACCUCAGGAAGCAGUACGAGAACCAGAUCAACGAGAUUAAAAUGAAGGAGCAAGAGGAAAGGAAAAGAGUAAUGCAAUUGGCACAGCAGCAGCAACAGCAGCAGCAAGUACAGUCACAGCAACAACAACAACAGCAGCAGCAACGCAUGAUACAAUCACAACAACAAAACCAACAACGACCCCAGACGUCCCAGUACGACUAUGAGGACGACUUCGAGGACCUGGAAGCAGAAGAACUGGCUCCAGGGGUGGUAAACAAGAGCUCACCCAGCGGAGCUAAGAGCUCCAACAACAACAACAACAACAACACUCUCCAGAUUGCUUCUACCAUCGUAGGAACCAACGAUGUGAUGAACGCCCUGCAGAAGGAAGCUUUCAAGAGACUGAAGGAGUUGGAACAGAAGAUGGUGGGCGGAGAGAAGAGACAAGAUAACGAACUAAAGGCUAAGAGAACCAAGAGAAAGAAAUACAUGGAGAAGAGGAUGAAAAUCCUGAGUCAGGCGCUGAAGAACGUCGACAACGAGGAAGGUGUUAUGCUGAAGGUCUACGGCGACAUUAACGAAGAACUCAAAGCCAAGACCGAACUGGCCAAGCAACAGAAGGCCAAGAUUAAAUCACUAGAGAAUGAAAUCAGUGACUUGUCGUCAGAGUUCCAGGAGGAGAGAACAGACUACUUGGAGACUAUCCGUAAACAAGAACAACAACUGAAGCUACUUAAUGGUAUCCUUGAGAAGGUACAGCCGACUAUCAGGAGGGACUGUAAUUACAGUAACGUGGAGGCUAUCAAGAAGGACGCGGUGUGGGAGGAGGAGUACCAGAGAUGGAGACUUCCUGAUCUAGUCUUAGUUAAAACUAAACUUCCUCCUGCUGGAGCUCCCGACACGCUGAGUCAAUCUGACUUCCUCAACAACAAGUACAACGACAGCUACAACAACAGCUUCAACAGCAACAACAGCAACAGUUCUUCCAACUCCCCCCCUGCCCGCAUGCAGCCCGGGGGACGCUUUCCCUCCCAGACUGCCCCUGCCAGGCUGGGCAUGUGGGACGAGUCCAACGAUGACAAGAUAUUAAAGCAGAAACUUCAGAAGAGCGUUGAGGAAGACAUCGCUGGCAACUACUUCAAGCCCAAGAAGAGAGCCAACGAACUCUUGGUCAAGUUUCAAGAAGACACUAACAUGAUGGGCAAAUCCAGCAGCACUAAGAAGAACAGCACCAGCAACACUGUGCUCAACAUGAGCCUCGGGCAAAGCAUGUGGGGCAACACCUUGAAUCUGAGCUCCUCCUUCAACAACUCUCAAGGUUCCAGCUUAUACAACUCUUCCUGGGGUUCCAACUCCUCC